AUGCGGUGCUGCGCAUUGCGCCGCUCUGGCUUACGUACGCCGUCGGGCUCCGAGCUUGACGGGCAGAUCCUCGUCAACCGCUUCCGCAUGAACCACCGCAGUGGUUGGAUGCCGCGCGCUAUCACCGCCAGUCGGCUGCAGGGUUGGGUUGCUGUGGGCGGCAUUCUGCUCGGUGCUGCCGUCUUUCUUGGGCCGUGGCUCGUCGACGAGUACCGCGAGAUGCUCGGCUACAAGUUCGUUCCGGUGCCUCCCACCGCUAUGCCACACACAUCGCCCGCAUGGUGGGAGAACGAGUGGCGCAAAGGCAACCCGCUGUGGCGCGCUGGUGAGUCCACGGCGGAGUUCUAUCGUGGCCCGUUUGACUUUGUGCGUGAGGCAACGGGGCGUGACCUCUACGACGCCGACGCGUUCAUGCAGCAGCAGCAGCAGCAGCAGCAGCAAAAGAGGCGGCAACGUCCACGCGCUCUGGUGCCUCUGUGCGGGGACUCGCCGAUUGUGCGGGAGCUGGCGAUGCGUGGCUUCGAGGUGGACGCCGUCGACGCGUCGGAGACAGCGAUGCGGGCGUGUGUCGCCCGUACCGAGCGCGCCCUCCCGCUCGACGCGUACGCGCGCAUCCACCUGCACUGGCGCGACAUCUUCGCGCCGGAGCUCUGGCAAGGCCCGCUGCGCGGCGUGAAGUUCGACGUGAUCUACGAGCGGCAGGCGAUGACGUCGCUGAACCGCGAACAGCGCGCGGACUACGCGUUCCUGCUGAGGCAGGCGCUCGCCGACGACGGCGUGGCGUACGUCGAGGGCGUCUUCCGCACCGGCCGG